AUGCCGCCUGAGGCCACUGCAUCUGCAGCAUGGCAGCCGCAGGAGGCAUUCAGUUUUUCAUGCUUUCCUUUCACGGUUACUGGGCCUUCCUGUGUGGCUGACGUGCAGGCAGUGCUUCGCCAAGUGGUGGAGACGGGCAAUCUCCAGGAGGAUCUCCUUUGGCGGCUCCGAGGGAGGCAGGGCCUCCAGGCUGAGCUGGCGAAGGCUGUGGGGGCGAAGGCUGCCGAGGCCGAGGAGGCCGAGGAAGUGAAGGCCGAGUCCCAGAAAGGGGAAUCGGCUGUGGAGGAAAUGGAGGAGGAUUCCGAGAAUCCCGAGGAUUCGGAGGCUUCGGAGAAAUCGGAGAUGGAGGUGGCCCUGGCCGAGAGCGCUCCCGUGCCUUGCACCGCCACCGACCUCGUUGCCACGGCCGAGCUUUGCAUGGCCUGGGGGCUCCGGGACUUCUCGGACCUUGUGAAGCUGGGCGAUCGACUUGGAAGUGUUCAGGCGUCCGCAAGCGAGCUGCUGCGAGCUGGAGUGGCUUUCUCCCAUCUGGGUGUGCUGCACCCUCCACUCUUUCAGGGCAUCGCCCAGGCGCUCCUGCUUGCGUGGCCGGAUCCUUUCUCCACAUCCGAUGCUGCGCAUUUGGCGCAAGUUUUCGCAACGCAGCGGUUCCGCCACGCGAAGAUCUUCGCGCAGAUCGCCGUCUGCCUCCGCGGAGGCAUGGACUCCAUGUCCAAAGAAGAAGCUCUCAGCCUUCUCUACUCGCAUGCAUUUCUACGUCUAUGGCCCUCGGAGCACAGCGACAUGAGUGAGGAGCUGUGGCAGGCCUUGGAAGAGCAGGCGUCACCGUCCCAACCGGAGGGGCUGCUCAAGCUGUGCCACGUCCAGUUUCUGGCCCAGCGUGACGAGGUGGCCUUGCCGAAGGUCCUGGAGCUGCUGGAGAGAGCCUCCCCGCAGCUGUUGCAGCGACCUGUUCCCUGGCAACCCUCCCUGCGCCGACGAGUGCUGCUGAUCCGGAGCGCCCUGCGGUACUUGCACCGCGAGGCCUACACCACGCUGCCCAAAGACGUGCAGCAGAUGUUCCGAAGAGCGCACCGCAUGGAGCCCGACCCGCCACCCAAGUACACGGUGCUCUUCGUCCGGAAGCUGAGCCAGGCAUUGACGAAGCUGAAGAUCGGCCACGUGGCCAAGGCGGUCCGAGGGCCUUUCAUCUUUGACAUCGUGGAGCGUGAUCGAAAGAUCAUCUACGAGUGCAACCACUUCGACCGCUUCUACAUGAACUCGACGGAAAAGAUUGCGUCGAUGCGUCUGCAGGAGCGUGUGGUAAAGGCCAUGGGCUACCGAGUCGUCCAGGUCCCGCACUGGCACUGGAACAAGAUCAAGCACCGCCGUCAACGCAUCGAGUACAUCCGCAUGUCCAGGUACUACGCAUUGAAAGAUCGCCGGGAGCUGGCUCCUCGUGAUGCGCCUGUGAGUGAUCUAGCUGAGAACGAGCUCGACUACUUGGGUGAGUACUUCUUCAAGAAGGACAUGCCAUCGUCACCCUGGUCCUGGUUCCAGCCACGCUACGAUGCUAGCAAGCGCAUACCCGAGCCUCGGACUGGAACGCUGUAG